AUGUCCUCUCGCCGCGGAACGCUAGAACAACCCGCCGCCUCUGCGCGCCCGCUCCGAAUUGUUGCCUCCGGCACACUGUUCGUGACGCACACACUCUCUGUACCGGCAAUACCAACUCCCUCGGGUCCGUCCUCGAUGGUGACGGCCCGCGCAUACUCGGUCACACACAAUCGUGGGGGAUCAGCGAGCACCGUGCUCUCCAUGCUCGCGCAGUAUCCAAACGUCGAAGCGAUGUUAAUCGCCCCGCUCAGUGGGGACGACGAGGGACAGGGGAUUCUCCGUGAUCUGCGUAGCGAGAGGGUGAAUACCAAAUACGCGAGGGUGUGGGACGAUCUCGGUGUGCCCAGCGCAUGGGUGGUACAGGCAGAGCACGACGACUCGCGGUCGGUGAUCAACCAUAACCCGCUCCCAGAGAUCACGCACGAAGACUUCGUAUCGCUGCUCGGCCCACUGCUCGCACCGGAGAACUACGCCCAGACGAGCCCGAAUAACUCGUACUCCUCUCAAUCGGGACCCCCAUUGCCACUCAAUAUGCGCAGCCCGGCUCCUUUUGACUGGCUCCACUUUGAAGGCCGUUCGGUGAAGACGACGUUAAGCAACAUGCGCGGCGUGGACGGACUCGCGCGGGAACGCAGAUGGCGCGCACACUGCGUGUUCAGUCUUGACGUAGGACGCAAGACCAGGCAGGGCGUCGAAGCGCUGAUACCACAAGCGGACGUCAUCUUCCUCAACAAGUACUACGCCCAGGCGCAUUCGGCGCAAUAUGCCGCGUCGCCUCGCGCCUUUUUGCUGUCGCUGGCCUCCGUGGCGCCGCCACAUGCGUUGCUGGUGGCGUAUUGGGGAACGGAGGGCGCGGCGCUGCUCUCAAUCCCCACUCGAGAAUACUUCCAGUCGUCCGGAUGGGUGCAAAGCACGCCCCAGCCGACACCAGGUGCUCACUUUUUUUCGACCUCCCGUAACGGCGCACGCGACUCGAUGCUGAGCGACGGCACCGGCUACGGAAUGCAGAGCGUCCGGACCGGCAGCGAAUUUUACGCGGGUCAGCACACGCCGAGCAGCAGCAUGGCCUUCACCGCGAGCUUCUUCAACCGGACGAGCGGCACAGACGAGAGCUUUGGCGGGCACCCGCACCGGGACUCGUACGUAGAGGAUGACGGCGGCGAUGACGACGAUGCUGCGAGCGAGCAGACGGAGAUCGCGGGUGACCGCCAGGCGUGGCGCCGGCGGCGGGAGGCCGAGGCGGUUGACGAUGCCGGUGCGCAGGAGGCGUUCAUUGCAGGGAUGAUAUGGGCGCUGAGCAGGCGGCUGAUGCCGCGACCGGUCUCCCCGUGGUCGCCGAUCCCGACCACAGGGGAGCCGGACGACGCGGAUAUCAGCCGGUGGAGGCUGGAGGAAUGCCUGAAGUUCGCGACGGAGAUGGCAGGGAGGAAGGCGAGGAUGAAGGGAUGGAAAGGGUUGGCCGAGCAGAUGAGACAGGCUGGCUGGGUCGACGGGUAA